AUGAUUUGUAAAGACCAACGAAAUUCUAGAAAAGAUGAUUGCGCAACACUGAAGAGCACAGUGGCCCAAGCGAAGCAGUUGUUUCAGGCCAGGGCCCGCGGUUUGAUUGCAGCGCGUCGUCUCAAAGAGGAGCGAAACCCACCAGGAGGUUUGACUUGCGGCCUCUUGAGGACAUGGGCCGCAUAUGAGAGGCUUGGCCUGGCUCCGCAACAUAUUGUAUCAACAGAGCCCUUGCCAGUUGCCCGCUUGAAGCGGCCGACUCCUGCUCAGGUCUGGGAAUUUGUUGUGCGCAAUCAGCCCGUGGUCAUUGAAGAUGCUGUGAACGCGGAUGAUUUCCCGCCCUUCUUCGACUUUGCGGACUUUGAUUAUUUGCGGGAACGGUGUGGGCACCGCUAUGUAAAGGUAAAGGGCGACUCAUGCUGGGACAACAAAGGGCGACAACUUUUCCUCAACGACCCCACGAUUGAGAUCAGCAUAUCUGACUACUUGGAUUUGAUCGAGGUUGCCGAGGAGCAUGAGACGUGCAUCUCAUGGUAUAUGGGAAAGCUGCCGUUGCACACAGAUGUUCCCGAAAUGUUCGAGGACAUUGUGAAUGCCCCCAAUUCACCAUGGCGCAAGUAUGGCAAUUGCUUCGGUGAAAACAACAAAGGAGUUCACACAUACUUUGGCUGUGGCGGCAACACGACUUGCAUCCAUUCAGACCCCUCUGAAAAUUUGCUUUUCGUUGUGACCGGGGAGAAGGCAGCCGCAAAGCAAGUCAGUACUUCGAUGCACCUCGCAGGUAUGCAUACCACGGUGAAGAAGUUUUUGAACUCAUUGGUGCCACCGUUUAUUGAUCCAGCCUUUGUGCCAGCAGAGGCAGGCGUGUUUGCUCGUCAUUCUGUGCUUUUGACUUUGCUUGCAUGCCAGGUGGACAAGAAUUGGCCUUUUUACAAGCAUGCAACUCGGACGGUUUAA